CAUGCAUUUUGUAAUUUAUUUUUUAGGCUGUGAUGCCAGAAUUGACCUGGUGAUUGUCCUAGAUGCUUCAACAAGUGUCACUGAACCCAACUUUCUUCUGAUGAAAAACUUUGUCAAAGACUUCCUACAAGAUGCAGACAUUGAUGGUGGUAAUGUGAGGGUUGGUGUGAUCAUAUACAGCACAGAAGACUAUGUCCAGUUCCACUUGAACACUUACAGAACCAGUGCUGAGGUGUACAGAGCCAUUGAUGAAAUCCCAUAUCGUCAUGGUAGCACCAACACAGCAGAUGCCUUGAGGACCAUGAGAUCACAGAUGUUUACACAGAGUAAUGGAGAUCGUCCAGAUGUGAAGAAUAUUGGCAUUGUUGUCACUGAUGGUGUGUCCAACAUCAACUCCAGGAGGACAGUUCCUGAGGCAGAACAAGCCCAAGCUGAUGGCAUUCGCAUCUAUGCCAUUGGUAUUGGUCUGUCAGAUACCAGAGAGUUAGAUGGUAUAGCUAGCAAACCA